GUUCCUCAUAGCUAGCCAUGUCAUACAAUUACAUAUUUAACAAACAGUCGGUAAACAUGGCGUAAUCGAGUUUUUGUUUCAAUAUAUCACAGGGUGCUUGGUCUUUGUUAGAGCAGGAAGAUAAAUGCUUACCAUUCGCCGAAAGCAUUCGCUCUUCAAACGAACAAAAUGAAGGAGAGUUAAACAAAGUGAAAAGCAUCAAAAGACAGUCCAAGAAAGAGAACAAACCCAGGGAAAGACGUUUCACUUUAGUCAGUGGAGGCUGCGAAGUGAUUAAAGUAACUCGGGAAGUUUUCUUUAAAUAUUCGGACACUGUAACUCUUGAUAAACUCAAACAAUUGACUGCUACGUAUCCCGAGGAUACCAUUUUAUGCCAGACAUAUCUCCAGCAUAGCGACUGGCGAACUUACAGAGAGGAGAUUGUUGACAAUGUUGUUGUUCGACACAUAGCGCGCUUGGAAACGGCAAAAGGAUCAGCGCGCUCACAUAAAGUCAGGUCGUCUCCAGUUCCCUCACCCCUGUGCUCGAUGAAGAUGUGGCAGCCGGUUAAUUCCAAGUGGGAGUAUUUUCCAGACACGGGGUGGGUGCCGGGAUAUGUGACGCGACCAGCUGUUGAAGGUAGGUAAUGAACGCUUGGUGGAUAUGUGGUUAAGCAUUGAAUGUGCGACAACUAGUCGGAAAAAGAGGGAACAAUUUCUAGUGGGUGUACUACCGUUGCAAGGGCCGACGAAAUUUUACUGAACAAGUUGAAGUCUAAGAAAUUCAACUUAACAUUUCAGUUCCAGAUGAAAAGUCUUUUUAAAAAUAAACUUGCUGCACAUUUACAACUCGCUGAACAUUAUAUUAGGAACAUGUAUUAACAUAAGCUAAAACCAACCAGCGUGGCUCGGUCGCGUUAAAACACACCACUCCAAAGAAACUCGAAAUGCAAUAACAAUAUUGUCGAGUUCAUUUCUGAUAGUGCUUCAACGGAGUAAUUUGCGCUUUCUUAUCGGAAACAUCGAAUAAACACAAUAAUAGCAGAUUGCCAACAUUGUUCUUAACACUUUUCACGGUGGACAAAACACCAUCAGGUUCGAGGACAUUUGCGGUGGCUCGGUCCUCUAGGAACUUCCGGGUUAAGAACAAUAGGAAGCGAUUUUCACUGUUAUAUCCUUACAGGGGCAUUUGUUAUAUUUAUUUUUUGAUGACUUUCCACCUAAACGACGAGAGGUUUUUAUUGAGCUAAACCUGAUGGGGGACGUGUACUUAUCCGGCAAGUUUUUAGACAUAAUUCAUUUGAAAGCCAGCCAAACAAAGCGAAACUUACAAAACGACCAUCUUGGCUCCUCAAGGUCUAGGCAAACUGACCAAAAACUUUUUCAAAUUUUAAACAAUUUGUUGCAUUUAGCAAAGAAGCAAGGGCUGCUGUACACGGGCAAUUUUGGCGUUAUUUAUUACCAGCUCCACCACACCAAAGCAAUAGAGCAGGAUGAUCACACACAAUUGCUGUCAGCCGAAAACUAAAACGCCCCAAACAACGUAAUAGAUCGUAGUAAUAAAUUGCAUUUAUAACAAGAACGUGGCUGGGGAUCCUUUACUUCAAGUUAAAACAACGACUUAAUAGCAAGCAAGGCAAAAUAAACACACCCUAUUCGACGGUUCGAUAUAAUACACGCGGAUAUUUUGCUGCCUUGCGUAGUCCUAAAUAAAACACGAUUGAAACACGAGUCUCCUGAACUGACCUCAGCAGGAAUGUAAAAGAAUAUUGGGGCUUGCUAUAAGUGUCUUGGCUUUCUUCCAACAGUUGUCUGUACAAAACGCGUUUUAGUUUCAUUCCACAACUAUUUUUGAAACAGUUCCUCGUAUCCUUAAUGUACCUUCAAUUGUCUAGUUAACAAUUAUUCCACGAGCGCGCGUUGGAUAUGAGAUGGAUGGUAGCCAACGAGGCUCGUAGUGCGGAGUUGGCUUUUAUCAUGUCAUAUCCAACAAGCGCGAGUGGAAUAAUUGUUUUAUUAAAAACGUCCUAAAAUAUAGAAAACUAAACUAAAAUAAAAAUAAAAACGACCCAAAAAAUCACGCGUACGCUUGCCAUAUUUAGCUGUAUUUGAGUAAUGGCUCAUAACCCACGAUGGCUAAGCCAACAAAAACUCUCGAAUUGUAUUAUCCAAUGAUCCAGUCUUUAAUAAUUUUCCUUAUCCAUACGUUCUAUUGUUUUCUGUUGAAUAAAGUGGAACGCUUUAUCUUGUGGGUCUCCGUUAUGGGAUCAAAGAUACUGGCGCCACAAGAUCCUUGAGAAUUUUUAGCCAGAUCGUUGUCUUUACAUUGUGUUUGUGAAGGAAGCUUUAUUCCCACUCUGACUUUCCACUCAAAUGUAUAUAUGGUUCCAGUAAAUUGUUCAAGGGGUCCUUCAAAUCUGCCUUGAGCAUCUUUGUUUUUAGAGGGUAGUGGAAUGUUCUUUUCGCUUCACGGAACAGAAACCCGUUGUUAGACGCAGGAUGUGUGGGUUGUUUGACUUGUGAGAAAUGCUUUUUGUUUCGUUUCCGGCAAAUUCAGUCAGGAAGUACGCAACAGCCGUGUUAAAAUGACAUUAUGUAUAUCAUCGAACAUCUGGUCAGUGCAUUUUUGGAUUGUUGGCACCAAGGCAAAACCAAGCAGACGAAGUUCAUAAGAACUUGUCAAACUAUCCGAAGACUAUAUUGGAAGCAGUUACCAUGAAGCCAGUUUUCAGAGGAACUUUUGUGAUUAUUGCCAUACUGAUAUGUCUUGCUGUAUGAACACAUGGAGAUGGCAUCAGGACAACCACGAAUAGAACUUGAGCCGCUGAAAGAUAAAACAAGAAGUAAGAAGCUUCACUUUGGCCAAGGCAUAUUCAAUGGACUGCAAUGCUGUGUGUUAGAGGGUUACCCCUGCUAUGUCAACUCAGAUUGUUGCAUGAAGACCUGUAAACCCGUUUCCAGUGUUGCUUUAGUUACAAAGAUCUGUAACAGCAGUACUUCGACUGAAGAAUCUACAGACAGUACAAGAAGCAAACAGUCUCUCUUACCCGAGCUGAUCGACCUGCAACAGACUAAGAAGACAGAGAAGCUAAACUUGACUCGAGCGUAUUCAGUCACUGCAAACAUAUAGUACUGUCAAAUAAAAUACAUUGCACCGCAUAAAGUGUAAAUCUUUUGCCGGUUUUAAUACAAUAAAUUAUGUUGUGGCUGAACAAUAUCGUUAUCGUAGUAAAAUGACUUCAGUUAAGACUCACAGGAUGAGGUACACUGAAGUGGCCGUACACAAUCCACUGAAGAGGAAUCUAGAAAAAUGAAUUAGCAAAAAACCCAACACAAAACAUCAAGUCACUUGAAGUACGAGGGGCUUUCACUCUUAUUUAACACACACAAGCUAUCACAUUUAUACUUUCCAUUCACUGAAUGCUGUAAUACCGGCUAAACCCAAUAUACAAUUAGAUUAAAGACAAGUUCCCACCUAUUAUGGCUUUCUUAUGGUAACUUAUAACACCAACAAGAAGUGCGAAUUUCUGCUGACAGAUUAAUUGAAGUGAAAUCAAUCAAAACGAUCUGAGCACUCCUCUGACUAGAAGUGUUGCUGGGUGACAAAAUUAAAUCAAAAUGUUGAGAUUGCUCCUU